AUGGAGCUCGGCGUUUACUCUCAACCUCACGACGGGGAGGGUGGUAGAAGGACCGAGUUUCUGCCCUUCAUCGUCGGAGAGGAGAUGAAACAGCUUCGCCAUUCGAUUGCAGCCUCCUAUGGACUUGACAACGGCAGCAUCGAGGACAUUUAUCCGUGCAUGCCCAUGCAGGUCAGCAUCUUCACGUUGGGUUCUCAGAACUCAGCCGGGUACAUUGUGCACAGCGUCCUCGAUAUUAACCCGGAGGCAUCUGUCGAGAGGUUCCGUGCCGCCUGGGAGGAUAUACACCGGAGCACUGCGAUCCUGCGAACAAGAAUAGUCCACGACGAACAGCACGGCUUUCUGCAGGUCGUGCUCCGGGAGGAAAUAACAUGGACCGAGGUGCAGGAUGCAGACGAGUAUUUGCAGAGUGACGGAAGCUCUUGCAUGGAAUUCGGCCAGCCUCUUUCUCGCUACUCCUGGGUCCGAGGAAAGGCCGGCAAGAAGCACCAGUUCAUUUGGACAGUACACCACGCCGUAAUGGACGGCUGGUUCUCGGCUAUUCUCACGAGAAGAGUGCAACAACUGUAUCACGGACUACCAUCCUCUCAGCUGGUACAAUUCAAAGCAUUUAUCCAGCAUCUCCAGCAAAAGAAUUUCAACGAGGCGGAGCACUACUGGCGGCGGUCUUUGAAGCAGUGCGACUGCGUUGACUUUCCCGGCCCGCCUCGCUCAAAGGCCGAGCCUAAGGGGUUCGUCAGGAAGAUGUAUGUCUCGAGACAGGUCAUUUGGCAAGGUCGACGCUUCAAGCGAUCGGCUCUUGUUUACGCAGCCUGGGGUUUGGUCAUGAGCUCGACGACUGGCUCCAAGAGCGUCGUUUUUGGAACAGUCACCUCUGGAAGAAGAACGGACAUGGAGAACGUCAAGCUUGUGGCCGGGCCAACAAUAUGCACUGUGCCGGCGUACAUCGAGGUCGACCGGGAGCAACUGGCGUCGAAGUUUGUCGACGACAUAGGAAGAGAGACGUCUCUGCGGGAAAGAUUCGACUUUAUCGGCCUGGCCAACAUCGCAAAGGUAUCCGCGAGAGCCCAGAAGGCGUGUCAGUUCGGAACUCUGAUCAUCGUUCAAGGAACGAGCGGACCAUUGAGUAUGGACAACAGCAUCGGGGAUUGGACAAGGAUGCCACAUGCCGCGCCAGUCACGUCGGAUUCACUUUCUCUCGACGUCUUCAUAAGCGAGGAAGACACCAAGGUCGUGGCCAACUUCAACACACAGGUCAUCGAUGUCGGCACUGUCGACCUUCUGAUCGCUCAGCUGUUGCAUGUCAUGGAACAGCUGGGCGAGAGUACCGACGGCAGAACUCUAAGGGACAUUAGCUUGGUCACGCCCGAGGAUAGGGAAAGACUUUGGGGUUGGAACGCCCUCGCCCAUCACCUUGUUAACAUCGGCGUCGGUCCCGGGGCGAUCGUUCCUAUUUACUUCGAGAAGUCGAUGUGGGUGUCCGUGUCGAUCCUGGCCGUCCUUAAGACCGGAGGAGCUUUCCUUAUACUCAAUCCAGCAUACCCCGAGCCACGCCUCUAUGCGAUUGUCGAGCAGGCCGAUGCCACCAUCGUUCUUACAUCGGUCUCGACGAACUCGCUAGGCUCUCGACUAGUCGAGCAAGCCGUUGUAGUAGGUAAUAGGCUUAUCCCGGACACAUGCCGGAUAAUAGCGCUGCCUGACGUCGACCCUUCAUCAUUGAUAUAUACCGUCUUCACUUCCGGCAGUACCGGCCUGCCCAAGGGUGUUCUUGUGUCACACACUGCUUUCGCCUCCAACGCCCACUAUCAAGCGGACGAGCUCGGGUUCAAGCCGUUGUCAAGGGUGUACGACUUUGCUAACUACAUUUUUGACGAUUUUGUCUACUACACCGUUAUCACGUUAGUGAAGGGUGGUUGUAUCUGUGUUCCAUCAGAUGAUGAUCGUACGAACAACUUUAUGGGGUCUAUCAUCGCCACAAGGGCGACAAUUCUCUAUAUUACCACGUCCGUCUCUCGAUUGCUCGACCCCACCCAUUUACCCCUCUUGGAGACCGUUAUAGGAGGCGGCGAGCCGGUGACACUUUUCGAUACGGAGCGCUGGUGGGGGUAUGCAAACCUGAUCAAUGCCUACGGGCUAGCCGAGUGUAUUACGAAUACAAUCAUUAAUCCACAUCCCGAAACGAAGGAGGCCGCAACCAGCAUCGGCAAGGGUGCGGGGGUAGUCACCUGGGUCGUCGACCCGGCCGACUAUAAUAGCCUUAUGCCCAUCGGCAAUAUCGGAGAGCUGCUCCUCGAAGGCCCUCUUCUUGGCCUCGGCUACUUGAAGGACCCGGAAAAGACGGUAGCCGCGUUUAUCCGGGAUCCUAUGUGGCUAGUUAAGGGAACCCCCUACCAGGCCACCCUACUCCCUAUCCUAAGUGAUGUGGAAGAUAGGCUCGCGGAGCACUUGCCGAACUAUAUGAUUCCGGCCGUUAUUUUUACUCUGCCCCGCCUUUUAUUGACGGUAACGGGUAAGACGGAUCGUAAGCAACUCCGCAAAAUAGUAGCUGGGUUCUCUAUCCAAGACCUGGCCGACCAGCUCGACCAGACUUAUAGCCGAGGGCCCUGUGGUGUUUCCGCUACUGAGAUUGAAGAUGUUUAUCCCUGCACGCCUCUCCAAGAAGGCCUCUUUGCGUUAACAUCUAAACAACCAGGGGACUAUACGCUUCAAGCAGUUCUAGAACUGUCUGAUGAUGUCAAUGUGAACCGCUUCUGCGCCUCAUGGGAGAAAGCCGUUGAGUCCUUUGCUAUCCUACGUACCAGGAUUGUUCAGCAUACGGACCUUGGCCUGUUCCAAGUUAUUGUCAGAGUACCGGUCGACUGGGUGCGGGCAGAUGACCUCGAGCGCUAUCUUGAGGUCGAUAGAUCAAUGCCGAUGGAGCUUGGCCAACCCCUCUCACGCUAUGCAAUGAUAUAG